AUGGAUCAUGACGGAACACAUAGAUUGAGCCGCGGCGACGGCACGUCUGCGGCAAACGGUUCAACGACGUUAUACCGCCUGAACUCCAACCAGAGCAGCUCCAGUGUAUUCGAAGAUGUUGAAAUGGCACACGACGAGCUCUACUCAGGCCCCGUGGCCGAAAGUUUACCCAGCAGUGUUUCUGCAUUCUCCCACCGCCGAGCCCGUGCUGGCUCGACAGCUAGCUUCACAUAUUACGAGGAGCCUGAGAUACCAGAAAGCGAGGAAGAGCCAGGCGCCUUUACCGACCUAAGUGAAAGUUUUGUUAGACGGAGCCUCAGCGAUCUUGGCGACCUCGAGUUUGGCAUCGAGGACGAGGAGGACUCAGCGGACCGAGAAUAUUUGGCAACCCACGAUGAUUACAUGUUAAGGCGUCGUUCGUCAGCACAAUCGCGAGAUUCCGUUCACGCACAUCUUCUCCGUAGAGACAGCACGGCCACUGUUGCUAGUGCUCGCGCCGAAGGGCGAAGUAGCCAGAAGAUAUACAUGGCAAACGAGGAUUUGACCAUUGUCGUAGCCGGUUUCCGGACGAGUACAGUAGGUUUUUUAAUCUACACAGCCCUGUGCUUCCUUACUGGCGGGAUCGCAUUUCUGCUCCUUCGCUGGCUGCCUCGUUGGUAUAUCGCCAUUGUUGGACGGCCCUGUUCUUUGAGGAAUUGUGAUUGGGUGGUCAUUGAAAACCAAUGGGGUGAGUUGAGCAUCAUCCAGGUCACGACCCAAGAAUAUGGUAGACCUGUCUCAUCGGUGUUUGGUAUACCGGAGAAGCCAUUUCUCAACAGCCUCGACGAUGACAACGACCCACUUAUUGACCAUCUUCGCUCGCUGGAUUACCGCUAUGUUCGACUUUAUUUUCAUCCCAUUGAAGAUAAAUUUGUUUUGUCUGCUGGGUGGAAAGAUCCGGAAUGGACAGAUGCACGACUUGUUCGAUCAGGCUUGGACAGCGACGAUAAGAUUAUACGUGAAGCCAUCUUUGGCAACAAUCUGAUCGACAUCGAACAGAAAACCAUCAGUCAAUUACUUGUAGACGAGGUCCUUCACCCCUUCUAUAUAUUUCAGAUUGGUAGCCUGAUUCUUUGGUCUCUGGACUCUUACUAUUAUUAUGCCGUAUGCAUAUUCAUCAUGUCCGUGGCUAGUAUAUCUGCGACUCUAAUCGAGACACGUGCUACAAUGCUGCGUCUUCGUGAAAUCUCCCGGUUCGAAUGCGAUGUACGAGUUCUCAGAAACGGAUUUUGGAAAUACGUGCCGUCCGGCGACCUGGUCCCAGGAGAUAUUUAUGAAUUGAGCGACCCGAACCUGUCACAGUUCCCGAGUGACAGUCUCUUACUUACCGGUGACUGUAUUGUCAAUGAGAGUAUGCUUACUGUAGGCGAGUCCGUCCCAGUUUCCAAGAUCCCCGCUACGGAUGAAACGCUAUGUUCCAUGGACCUUGCGGCUGCUUCAGUAUCCCCUGAGAUCGCACGGCAUUUUCUAUACUGUGGAACGAAAAUAAUUCGGACUAGACGACCCCAGGAGGGCGAAGAUGAAGAUGCCGUGGCUUUAGCUCUUGUUGUUAGAACAGGGUUCAACACUACUAAAGGGUCCUUGGUACGGUCCAUGCUUUUCCCCAAGCCCUCGGGUUUUAAAUUUUACCGAGAUUCCUUCAGAUACAUCAGUGUUAUGGCCAUUGUUGCCGUGCUGGGCUUUAUCAUGUCUUUUGUCAAUUUUCUAAGGCUGGAACUUGCAUGGCACUUUAUUAUUGUUCGUGCUCUUGAUUUAAUCACGAUCGUUGUACCACCUGCUCUACCGGCGACACUGACAAUUGGCACGAACUUUGCCUUAUCGCGCCUGAAGAAAAAACAAAUUUUUUGUAUCAGUCCCCAGAGAGUUAACGUGGGAGGAAAAAUCGACGUAAUGUGCUUUGAUAAAACAGGCACAUUGACAGAGGAUGGCCUCGAUGUUCUCGGACUUCGCAUCAGCCUGGGAGAAGGCGAAAAGUUCAGCGAGCUCUUGUCUCGAGCACCUGUCCUUGGAAAUAGAGGCAUCACACCCAAAAGCAAGACCACUGUCCAAGCGGCACUUUACACAAUGGCAACAUGCCACUCUCUCAGAUCAGUUGACGGAGACCUCGUUGGUGAUCCCCUGGAUCAAAAGAUGUUCGAAUUCACUGGCUGGUCGUUUGAAGAGGGAAAACAGAGAACCGUGGAGGGUGGUGAUGAUGAUGAACAAAGCGGACUGACGCCAUCGAUUGCUCGUCCACCAGAUAAUUCUACCGAGCUAGGUGUCUUGAAGUCCUUUGAGUUUAUAUCUCAACUUCGGAGAGCGAGUGUCAUUACGCGACAUUUUGGCCAAAAAAGCGGUGACAUUUUUGUCAAAGGUGCUCCCGAGGCAAUGAGAGAGAUUUGUCGCCCAGAAAGUUUUCCCGAUGGAUAUGACGACCUGCUCUCAUACUAUACUCAUAAAGGUUACCGAGUGAUUGGCUGUGCCACCAGACAUCUUCCCAAGCUUAGUUGGGUCAAGGCACAAAAAAUGACCAGGUUGGAGGUUGAGAGCAAUCUCGAUUUCGUUGGGUUCAUCAUUUUUGAGAAUAAGUUGAAACCUACAACGGAGGGUGUCUUGAAAGAACUCUUGGAUUCAAAUAUCGGUACAAUAAUGGUUACCGGAGAUAAUAUUCUAACAGCCAUCAGUGUUGCACGCGAGUCGGGAUUACUGGAUAGACAGGCACAUUGUUUUGUACCCCGAUUUGUGCGAGGAGACGCUCGUGACCCUAUGGCCGAGCUGCAGUGGGAGAGCAUUGACAACAACCGCUUUUGUCUUGACAAGCUAACCUUGCUACCGCUCCCCGCGCCACCCGAGGAAGAUGUCUCCCUCCCAUACGAUAUCUCGAACCUGCAGAACUUUUCCCUAGCCGUUAGUGGAGAGGCGUUUCGUUGGAUCGUGGAUUAUUCAUCCCCGGAUGUUUUGCAACGCGUGCUCGUCCGAGGGAAAAUAUUCGCCAGAAUGUCUCCGGACGAAAAGCAUGAACUUGUGGAAAAGCUACAAAGCAUCGACUUUUGCUGUGGUUUUUGUGGCGACGGGGCUAACGAUUGUGGUGCUUUGAAGGCCGCUGAUGUUGGCAUAUCCCUUUCUGAGGCAGAAGCUUCUGUUGCCGCUCCCUUUACGUCUCGUGUAUUCGACAUUCGGUGUGUGCCUGAAGUUAUUAGGGAGGGGAGAGCGGCACUCGUGACCAGUUUCAGUUGUUUCAAAUACAUGAGUUUGUAUUCGGCUAUACAGUUCACGUCGGUCAGCUUUCUCUAUGCUAAGGCGUCUAAUUUGGGCGAUUUUCAAUUUCUCUUUAUUGAUUUGCUUCUCAUCUUACCCAUCGCUAUAUUUAUGGGCUGGGCAGGACCAGCUCCAUUGCUUUGUCGCAAACGGCCAACCGCGGAUCUCGUCUCUCGCAAAGUUUUAACGCCCCUUCUUGGGCUCAUGGCUAUCUGCGUUCUUAUUCAAGGGGCCGCUUUUCUCGCCGUAAGAGAGCAAGCGUGGUACAAACCGCCCAAGGUCGGACAUGACGAACCAAAUAUUAAAAACUCGGAGAACACGGCACUUUUCUUGUCGUCUUGUUUUGAGUAUAUAUUAUCCGGAGUUGUAUUGAAUGCAGGGCCACCGUUCAGGCAGAAUAGUGCGAAUAACUGGCCUUUCACUCUCACUAUCGCGGCUGCGCUGAUGAUAACUGUUUACAUGGUAGUUGGCCCUGCACACUGGAUUAAGGAACUCAUGGAACUUAGUUAUAUGGAGUGGGAUUAUAAACUAUUUCUCAUUGUCUUGGGCCUGGCGUACUUUGCUUUUGCUUGGAUCUUCGAAAAGUAUUUGGCAAUGCGAUUGGCAAGAGUCAUUGGUCAUGCCAAGCAGCGAAUUACGGGAAGGGCAAAAAUGCGCAAGAAGUAUAAAGUCAUACGUGAAGAAAUGUGGAAAUAUUAA